CUCUCCUUAGUGGUGUCAAAGGGGCCAGAGGAAGGGAGCGCCUCAGGCAGGGAUGGAUUGUGUUAAGUGCCAGAACUGAAGAAGCCCCUUCCACCCCUAAAGUUUCGCGUGACCAUGACUUCCUGACUCCCAGAUGCCGAGAGCCAUUCUGCACAGCAAUCUGGCUCUGUGAUCAGGCUGGACUUCUGGCUCCCAGCUUGGGAAAGAGGUAGGCACCAAGAUGCAACAACCUCCGGGGCUCCUAGAGAGUACUAGGACGCCCCAGGGGGGGAAAGGGCGCUCGCCUUCGGCGACUGGGCUCCGACGGCUGACGCACUUCCGGCCUUUGUGGUUCGUCGCGGGUCCGGGCGCUGCUGCCCCCGCCGCGGAUCUGGAGCGUCCCCGGGCCCCGAAGGUGUAUCCUCCUAAAGGAGAUUCAAUUGGGGAUCUUAAAUCAAUUACCCCUUCACUGCAGGCUGGAGUGAGCCCUUCUAAGUUAAUCCCAGAAUGGCUUCAGCAGGGGAACAGGAUGGACUUAAGGUUGUGAAGAUGGAGGAAGACCCUAUCUGGGAUCAAGAAACCUAUCUUCAAAAGAAGAGCUUUUCUGGCCAGGAAGCCUCCCGCCAACUUUUUAGGCACUUUUGUUACCAAGAGACUCCUGGUUCCCGAGAGGCGCUGAGCCGGCUCCGGGAGCUCUGUCACCAGUGGCUCAGGCCAGACACACACACGAAGGAGCAGAUCCUGGAGCUGCUGGUGCUGGAGCAGUUCCUGACCAUCCUGCCUGAGGAGCUCCAGGCCUGGGUGCGGGAGCGUCACCCAGAGGGUGGGGAGGAGGUGGUGGCUGCAGUUGAAGAUCUGGAGCGAGAGCUCAGUGAGCCAGAGAACCAGGCCCUAGAUUGUGAUCAUGGACAUUCUGAAGUGCUCUCAGGGGAUGCAGUGCAUCUGAAGGCCAAGCAGGAAUCAACAGCCAUCCAGCUUCAGUCCAGUGUGACACAGCUCAAAGGUGAACCUUUUGAUCCCCACAAAUUUGCAGAACAAGGUAAGGACUUUAACAAGUCCAUUCAGGGGAUCUCUGGUGGCUCAUGUGGAAAGACCUUCAGUCAGAGGUCAGGCCUGAUUGAACAUCAGCGAAGCCACACUGGAGAGAAACCCUAUCAAUGUAAGGAGUGUAGGAAAGCCUUCAGCGCCAGCAAUGGCCUCAUUAGACACAGGAGGGUCCACACGGGGGAAAGGCCAUAUGAAUGUGAAGAGUGUGGGAAAGCCUUCCGCCUGAGCUCAUACCUUGUGCAGCACCAGAGGAUACACACUGGAGAGAAGUGCUAUUGCUGUAACGAGUGUGGGAAAGCCUUCAGUCAGAACGCGGGGCUUUUUCAGCAUCUCCGAAUCCACACUGGGGAGAAACCCUAUCAGUGCACUCAGUGCAGUAAAAGCUUUAGUAGGCGAACGCUGCUUAUGAAACAUCAGAGAACCCACACUGGAGAGAGACCGUAUGCAUGUGCUGAGUGUGGGAAAGCCUUCAGUCAUCACUACAACCUCAUUAGGCACUUUAGAAUCCAUACCGCUGCCAAACGGGACUAAUUCCAUGGACCACCAGGGCCCCUAAAUGGGGCCAUCUUGGAAAGUAAGAUUUCAAGUGGCUUAUUUUGUUCUUAUCAAAUUUACUUUGCUUUGGAAUGCACAGCUUUUCUGCAGACCAGGUGCUGGUGUCUCCUGGGUGGAUGACUGUGAGUAUCGGCGGUUGCCGGGAAGCCUUCUUUUUCCCUAUCCCGUGGUUCAUUUCCAAUGAGGUCCCUUAAAGAGACCAACUCUUACCUGGAAAUAAAUUGUAUGGAGCGGCCGUUAUUGAAUAACACUUAAUACUAAACAACUCUAAGUAACUAGUAUUUAUGUAUGCUUUUUUAAGAUUGGAUAAAUUCCAAGGACAUUCAGAGCCUCAUUGACAGUGACAGUGACAUUUCAGUGCCUGUGAUCCGAGGAGCAUCGAGAGGAGAAGGGAUGUUUAGGCAGUGCGCAGGGCACUCAGCCAGUUGGCAUCUGCUGAGCCCCGCUCUGGGCCAGCGGGCACUGUGAUGGGGGCUUGGAACACUUCAGUGAACCAUACCAGAGGAAAACAAUAAACAAUUCUCCAGCAUGGUCACUGCCUCCUCCCCGCUCUCUGGAAGAUGUUCCCACACCUGAGACAGGAGCUCCUGGGGCAGGAUGGAAUUGCUCCAACACCAGCAGCUCCAGGAUCUGUUCCUUGGUGUGCAUCUCUGGCCUGAGACACUGAUGGCAGAGAUCCCGGAGCUGGCUCAGGGCCAGAUGGAUCCGGGGGAAUCCUGGUAGCAGAAGUGUCUAAACUGCUGCCUGAAGAUCUCCCAGGUGGAAGGCUGGUUCUUUGGAAGGCUAAGACCCUGAUUUCUGGGGUGGUCCUCCUCCAACUCCAC